AUGUCAGAUAAAAUUAUUCCACAUUAUUUACGUGAUAUUGAUGAUAACUCAAAUGGUCGUGAACAGUAUCAACAACAACAACAUAUACAAAAAUUAACCAAGGCUGAAGAAAAUUUUCACUUACGACAACAAUAUCCACAAUUUGCUGUACCACCAUCUAUGUACAAAGAACAUCUCGAUCAGUUCCAUUCAAAUUGCAAAUGUGAUUAUUGUGAUAAACAGUUCAAUUCAGUUAACACAUUCAAUGAACAUAAAGUUUCAGAAUGUCCACAACGGAUUGUUGACUGUAUAUUGAAGAAAUUUGGUUGUAAUGAGCCAAUUGUCCGUGGCAAAUUAACAGAUCAUUAUUUGACUGAACAACAUCAGUAUGCCAUAAUCAAAGUUGUUCGGCCAAUAUUAUCGAAAUUACAGGACAGACAAAUGGGUGUAGAUCAUUCUCCAACAACAACUGCAGAAGUUCCUGCUACAGCUCAAUCAGAAGAGCUUUAUGAAAUGCUCAAUAUUUUGGCAGGCAGCAUUGAAACAUUGAACAAUGAUGGACAAUGUCUAAGCAAUGAAUCACUUCAAAUGCAAAUUAAAAUUCCAACAUUGAUAGAAGAAGUAUCGAAAAUUAAAUUAUCUGUUGAAGAAUCAAAUACAUUUUUGGAAGGAGUAAAAUAUAAUGGAGACAUACUCAAUCAAGAGUUAACAUCAUUGCAAGAAAAACUCAAUGAUUUGCAACAUGUUUCAUAUGAUGGAACAUUUGUUUGGAAAAUUACAAACUUUAAAGAGAAAAUGAUUGAUGCACAGUCGGAAAGACAAACAUCCAUUUAUUCGCCGCCAUUUUAUUCAUCUCCAAAUGGCUAUAGAAUGAGAGCUCGUCUUUAUUUAAAUGGUGAUGGCAAUGCUCGUCGUACACAUAUGUCACUCUUUUUCGUGCUCAUGCGAGGUUUGAACGAUUCGACUCUCAAAUUUCCAUUUAACUAUAAAGUCAUAUUUUGUUUGUACGACCAAACGCCUGAAAAACGACAUAUUAUCGAUUCAUUUCGACCAGAUAUUAAAUCGAAUAGUUUUCAACGACCUCGAUCGGAUAUGAAUAUAGCCAGUGGUAUACCAAAGUUUUUCCCAUUGUUGAUGAUUCAACAAGAAGGAAAUCCAUAUGUACGAGAUGACACAAUGUUUAUCAAAAUUAUGGUAGAUUUCCAAGAAAUACACAAAACAUUAUUGCCCUAUAUUUUGAGUAUCAAUCCGGGCCUACCAGCACAUGUUCAACAAGCAAUGAUCAAGCAAGAAGCUGAACGAAGAAUACAAUUACGACCUGACGAGCAAGAAUAG